AUGGCUGAAGAAUCCGCUCAAGGACCCGCUCCGGAGCAUCGUCAGGGAGAGGCUGUGGGUGAGGUUGGAGUUGAAGCUGCAGAAUCGCCGAGAUCAGCACCGCAAACACAGGGAACUACAAUCCAGGGUCCUGUGCAGGUGGACGAUGCUGUAGAUGACGCCGACGAUCCUGGCUAUGCUGGCUCCGAGGGAUCUGCUAGCUAUCUCACAUCCUUGGGCUCAAGUGUUCUACACUACAAAACGGCCGCCGUUACCAUGCAUUUCGAGAAGGCGCAUACCUCAUGGACCGGAUGGACUUGGGACAUCACGUAUAUCGCCUGCUGCUCGGAGGAGAACUCUAUCUUGCCCCAAUCAAAGAAAGUCCUCACCGAGUUCUCGACUUGGGCACCGGCACCGGUAUCUGGGCAAUGGACUUUGCAGAAAUGGACCCACCGUAAACCUUUCGACUACAUCCACGCCCGGGAACUAGGAGGGUGCAUAUCCAACGACGAGAAGCUCUUCAGGCAAGCUUUCGAGCAUCUAGCCCAAGGAGGAUACUUCGAGCUUCAAGCUACCCGGCCAGGCCGUUUUCUCUCCGACGACGGCACGGCCGAGCUGGCCACCGAUGCUCAGUUUUGGAUGACCACCAUCUGCGAGGGUGCGGGCCGAUUCGGCAAGCCCCUGGACAACGCGCACGAGUGGGUAGAGAAGCUGAGGAGUGUGGGAUUCGUGGAUGUCCAGGAAGAAAUUCGCAAGGUACCCAUUGGCUCUUGGCCAAAAGACCCGACGCUUAAAGAGAUUGGAAAAGUUCAAGCUUUCCAAGAGUCUCAACUAAUUGAAUCCUACACACCCGGUAUCUUCUCCCGCGUGCUUGGUUGGGGAGAGACGGAAAUACAGGUGCUCAUCUCCAAGGUGAAGAGAGAUCUGAAGAACCCUGCAUUCCAUCUCUAUCUUCCAGUCUACUUUGUAUGGGGCAGAAAACCCUGA